UAGUGUUAUAUCUCCGUGUCGUUAGGUCGGUUACAAAAACGCAAUAAAAAAGUAAUAUGAGCUCUUUCAGUUUCGUGUAUUCCGGUUGUUUCCAUCAUCUAUAAAUAUUACAAGGCAAUUACUGAUUAUAUGAAUACCUGGAAAAAAAAAGACAAUCGAUCUAACAAUACACAUUUUGAAAAAUCAGACUGUAUGGAGAAAUAUUAGAGUGACGGGAUAAGAAAAUACUAUCAUGGAUGGAGCUUGUAGUACAGAAGAGGAGACUGACUCCGAGGGUGAAGAAAAAGCAUCUAGCAGUUAUGAUCAACCUCUUAUGUCGCAUGAGGGAUUUUCAGAUACUCAAACUUUAAUCAAAGAAGACCAAACUAAGGCAUCUGCAGAGAACCAUUCCGCAAGCGUCGCCUUUUAUGUCAGAGAUGUAAAAACUGGAAAAGUGUAUGGUUUAACAAAUCGUCAUAUUACUCUUCAUACAGACAAAAUUGAUAUUAAAAUGUUAAGUCAGAGUAAGUUUAUCCAUUUUGGGACAUCAGUUAAAAUUUUGGAUGAAAAAAGUUUAGAUAUAGGAUUGAUAGAGAUUGAUCACUCUGUAAAAGAUCUUUUAAGCAACACAGAGAACGUAGAUCAGAAUGUUUGUAUCUAUUCUGGUCCAUUUGAAAGCAUUUUUGAUAAAGAAAUAUUUAAAUACAAACCUAGCGAUAAACUUUAUGAAGUGUGCAAAUGUGGUACACCAAAUUAUGGAACUAUUGUUUCUGAGUCGGAACAUGAAGAGUGUAAACCAGAAAAUGGACAAUUUCUCGUUAAAAGUGAGAAUGGUGUAUUCGCUGUAAAAGGUGAAAGUGGUACCGCCGUCGCGGCCAAAAGGAAAGAAGACAAUGUAAUAGAGUUAGUUGGAAUUAUUUGCGGUGGAUCAGGCGACAAUACUGUUUGUCUAUUUAUUCCAGAUGUUUUUCAUUUUUAUAAGAACAGAUACGACAUGAUUCUAGAGUUGUAUGAUGCAUGCAUACUUUGUGGAGUAAAAAUAUAUUUCAAUUUGUCAACGCCGGAGCAAAUUUCUCCACCUAGUUACGAUCUGGUGGAUCAUGCUUUAAAUUUGAUGUGCUACAAAUUUGAAAAUGUAGAUGUUAAAAUUUACGAGCGCCUAAUAGAAAGAGAACGCGAUUUGUCCCUACGGGUCACUCAAAGAUUGUGUUUGAAUGAUAACGCCAUCUUCGAAAAUGACAAUCCUAAUUAUGUAGCAAUAGAAAGCGGCAUGUUAGCAUGCGAUUUUUUGUAUGUGGGUAAUGCGAGAGCAGCAGAAAACCGUCUAAAGAAAGCAAUAUUUUGCUUUUUAAAGUCAGAUGAUUUUGGACUUAGAUUGUUAUGUAAUCUCAUUACAUAUAUCACGUGGUAUUGUCUUGUCAAAAAUAAUGAUACUUCUUUAGACAAAUUGAAAAAAUUGCUUGAAAAUGGCAAGAAAAUUUUGAAUGCGACUUCAGACCUUAAGAGAUUUCCUUUAGAGUCAUUAGGAUUCCUUAUUAUGAUUACUCGAGAUAUUACAUGGCAAUGUGGGAUAAAAUGCGUGAGCGAGGCCAUGACCAUAGAAACAACACAACUGAGAGAAGCUAUAGAUUUGAAGCAGUUGAGAAAGCAAAGCAAUCUGUGA